GAGAGAAAGCGAGAGGUGAGAGAGAGAGGAGCUUAAAAGGCAAAACAAACCCAACAAAAGACGAAGGGAGCAGAAAAACCCAAAGAAAGCAACACGCGGCGAAGCGAACGGUUCACGAAUUCGUACAAAACUACAAGAAACCUCUUCAUCUUCUUCCUCCUCUCUCCCCCCAGCCCGUUUCAUAUUUUUCCUAAAAUCCCAUGAAAAAGAGCUCUUUUGUGCAUUCAGAAGCUUUCUAAAUUUAGAUAGAGAGUGAGGAGAACAGAUAGAGAAUCAAAUCUUAUAGUCACUUGCCUAAUUAAUGCUGAGCAUGGGCUGACUCUUCAUUGAGAGAGGAUAUUGUGCAUAUUUUACCAUUCAUCUCCUCCGAAAGUGGUAUAUAUAGAGAGGGGGGAAAGGAGUGAGAUUGAGAGAGAAAUAGAGAGACCCAUUUAGCCUCUUUCUUCAUAUCCUCAACUUCUCUUGUGGGUUUUUAUUGGUUUUGUGGGUUUUUAGAAAGAUGGGUUCUAAAGAUUGGAGAAAGCACUCUAAUAUCCAGUGUUUCCUUGAUGCUACUGCUCCAUUUGUGGCUUCACAAGCUCAAUCAAAGACAUCAAGAAGGGAUUCUAACGGCCGUUGGCAACUAAUUGACAAAGACACAAUUGAAUGCUUCACUCUGGGAGAUCUUUGGGAUCAAUACUAUGAAUGGAGUGCUUACGGUCUUGGUGUUCCGAUUCAUCUACCCACUGGAGAAAAUGUAGUUCAAUAUUAUGUUCCUCAUCUAUCAGCAAUCCAAAUUUACACUACUAAGCCUCCUCUAUCGAGGAAUGUGGUAGAAGAUAGUGAGAGUGAUUCUUGGAGUGAUGAUAGUGAGAGCGAGCGGCUCUCAAAGUCGUGGGAUGCUGCUUCAGAUGACUCUGGCUUUGAACCAGAUGGUCUAUGUCCGGCAAAGGAUCGAAUUGGGCAAUUGUAUCUGCAAUAUGUUGAGUAUUGUCCUCCUUAUGCUAGAGUACCUCUUACGGAGAAGGUAACUGAGUUGGCUCAAAGCUACCCAGGUUUGACAUCUUUCAAGAGUGUGGAACUUUCUCCUGCGAGUUGGAUGUCAAUUUCAUGGUACCCUAUUUACCAUAUUCCGGCUCGUAAAAAUGUGAAGGACUUGUCUUCUUGUUUUCUGACUUAUCAUACUAUCUCAACAUCCUUUCAAGACCAAAUGCCUAGCGACUCCGAGAAAGACACAUUGAGUCCUACAUUCGAAGAAAGUGCAAAAAGGUGUGAAGACAACAUUUAUUGUGUCUCUCUUCCUUCUUUUGCCCUGGCCACUUACAAAAUGCAACGCACCUUUUGGGCGAAUCCUUUAAUGGGAGAUAACGAAAGGCUUGUCAGUCUCUACACAGCUGCAAAAUCUUGGCUGAAGCAACUCGGAGUUCACCACCAUGACUUCAACUUCUUCAGCACUCAUUCCUCCAUGUGAAUAUCGAACCCUAACCCUAAAAGCUUUUAGAGAGUAAGAAGAGAUUUGGUGAAGAUCAUCGGUUGGUUUUCUUAGAGAAGAACUGGAUUUCAAUUUUAUUAACUUUUUUGGGUCCUUUUCGAGAGGUUAUGAUCUUUUGCAUUUGUUAUGUUUUUGCUUUUAUGUAGAGUUCUCUAACUAUAAACUGAACUUUUCUUUUAAUUGUCGAGUCUAUAAAUACACUGUUGAAUUGACUAGUACCUUAAGUUGGAGAAUGCAAAAUAUGUUGCUGUUUUGUUUUA